AUGGCAAACGCAACAAGGAAAAAACCCAUCUUCAGCACCCAAGCUCAUGUCUUCCAGAUUGACCCAAACACUAAGAAGAACUGGGUUCCCACCAGCAAGCAUGCUGUUACUGUAUCCUACUUCUAUGACAGCACAAGAAAUGUCUACAGGAUAAUCAGUUUAGACAGCUCAAAGGCAAUAAUAAAUAGCACUAUCAUCCCCAACAUGACAUUUGCAAAAACAUCCCAGAAGUUUGGCCAAUGGGCAGACAGCAGAGCAAAUACAGUCUACGGUUUGGGAUUUUCAUCUGAACAUCACCUUUCAAAAUUUGCAGAAAAAUUUCAGGAAUUCAAAGGCGCUGCAGGACUAGCAAAGGAAAAAUCCCAGGAAAAGAUGGAGCUAACAAGUACAACCUCUCAAGAAUCAGCUGGAGGGGAUAUUCAGUUUCCUUUAACGCCAGAAAGUAUUAAUGGGACAGAUGACGAGAGAGUGAUGGCAGAAGUGAGGCAGAACUCAGAAUCAAGGGCUGAGCCAAUCCAGAGCGCAUUGCCAUUUACUCAUAGGUACAGAUUCCAUUCCCACAUCCUGAUUAAGUGA